AUGCCAAACGACGAAUUUCUCACCGACGAAUAUGUCGCCGGCCUUCUGGCCAAAGAGGCCAGCGACUGCUCGCUGAAGUACUCCGCAAUGGGUAUGGAAGCCUUCAACACCAAAACUAAGCCGUCCAACUCGCUGAAACCGAAUACGAGAUUCUUGAGGAACAUCAUCAACGAAACGGAUUCGCACAAUAAAGCGCUGCUUGCCAAGGAAGCGGCCGAGUCAAGAGCGAGGCUGAAGGACCUGGAGCGCGCGGAAGAGGUCAAACGACUCAAGACGGACCCAACUCCCAGGGAUAUACGGAAGCGGCAGCUUGGAAGCAUCCAAUCCAUUCUAGGCGGGCCAAGACACAAACGCGACGAUGAUACGAAGACGGCUGCUAGCGAAGGAAGAUCUAAGAAUAGGAGUGAUGGCGAUCGCCAUUCGCAUCGGUCGUCGCAUCGCGAUAGAGAUGCAAUCUCUGAUCGUCGCACGUCGAAGAAAGACUAUGGCCGGCUGUCAAGAAGCCCCCAGGACGACGAGCGAAGGUCUCACCACGAAGAUAAAUCACGGAGCUCCCGAAAGAGGCACCGCGACCACUCCCCGGAACAUAAACGCCGACAUUCUCGCGACCGCGAAAGAGAUCGAUCCAGGUCGCCCCGCCGCCGCCGACGUUCUCGAUCACCUCGAACGAAGAGAAGCAAACAUCGGAGCCGCUCUCCUUUAGCUGCAGAGAAGCAGCCUUCAAGAGAUACUCGUGACAGAAAUGAUGGCGACGAGUCAGAUCCCUUGGAAGAAUUAAUUGGACCUGCUCCGCCUCCUAAAUACCGUGGACGGGGGACCGUUGGAGGAGCGUCUGGCCUAGAUCGGCGGUUUUCUGAUUCAUACGAUCCAAGUACAGAUGUCCUACCAGACGAUGAUGAUCCGGUGGAAGCGUUUCAAAAUCGCCAGAAGCUGCGACUGAUCCAACAAGAACGGAUGAGAGCAGCCGAGACCGCGGAACACCAGGCUCAGAAGACAAGCAGUAGCCAACGAGAGAAGACGGAGGAGGAUGUGGUGUGGUCCAAGGCGGGCGAAAAGAGGGCAUGGGAUCGCGGGAAGGGGGAGGAUGGAGAUGACAGCGACGAUAUCACCAUGCGCGGCGUCUUAUCAGAAUUCUGA